AUGGACCCCUUCCCUAACAGCCAUCGCAGCCGCUACUCGAGUGGCGAUGGCAGCGGCCACUCCAAUGGACACGCCCACUCCACCAGCAUCCCCGCCCAAGCCGAUGGUCGUAACGGCGGCAGCGGAAACAACUCCAAAGCGCUCAACACCACUGCCUGGCCAUUCCGCCGCCUGAUUCGGUUCGUCUCGGAGGACGGUCGCGAGCUCCUGGGAGAACCCACGGACGAGCGCGUGGACGUCGGUCUGGCCGUUGCCAAAGGUCUCCCAGUCACCGCGCAUGUUCUGGACGCCAAGUCUCCCUGGGACCCAGCCGCUCGCCACUCGGGGGAGACGGUGCUUGUCAGUAAACUCCUCUCGCCUGUGAGUGCCCAGCAGUGUGGCACGAUUCGAGCCACCGGACUCAACUAUACCGACCACGCCCGCGAACUGGGCUUGGCGAUGCCCGACGUCCCGGCCGUCUUCUUCAAGCCCGCCACUGCCCUUGCCAACCCAGGCGAGGCGGUCCCUAUCCCGCGUUGCGCCCAAGCGGACGAGAUGGAUUAUGAGGUGGAGCUUGCCAUCGUUAUCGGACGUACUUGCCGCGACGUCUCCGCCGAAAACGCCCUCGACCACGUUCUUGGCUGGACAUGUGCCAACGACCUCACCGCCCGCAAGCUGCAGCAGCAGACGAGUCAGUGGGGCUACUCCAAAGGCUUUGACAAGUUCUGCCCUCUUGGACCGUGCAUCGUCUCGACGACGGCGCUUCCGGACCCCCGCGACGUUGCGCUCCAGACCAGUGUGAACGGCGAGAUCGUUCAGUCUGGCUCGGCCCAAAACAUGAUCUGGCACGUAGCUGAAAUCAUCUCGUUCCUCUCACGCGGCACCUCUCUUCUUCCCGGUACUGUUGUCAUCACCGGAACCCCGCCCGGUAUCGGCGCUUCACGUGGUCAAUGGCUCCAUGACGGCGACGAGGUGCGCUGCAACAUCUCGCACGGUAUUGGAACCCUCGUGAACAAGAUGAUCUACGAGUAG